UGUUGUCUCAUAAAUUAAUCAAGAGGACGAGUGAUAAUGGCACCUGCAGCUGAACCAGCCGUGAAGGAGAAGCUUGAAAAGCCAUCCCGGGGUAUCAAUGCUGUUCUACUUGGACCACCGGGGAGUGGAAAAGGAACACAGGCCCCACUCCUGAAGGAGAGGUACUGCGUGUGCCACCUGUCCACUGGUGACAUGCUGCGUGCCGAGGUGGAGGGCGGUUCAAAAUUGGGUGCUGAACUGAAGAAGAUAAUGGACCAGGGCCAGCUGGUGAGUGACGACCUCGUCGUGGAGAUGAUCGACAAGAACCUGGACAAGCCCGAGUGCAAGCGGGGCUUCCUUCUCGACGGUUUUCCCAGGAGUGUCCCUCAGGCUGAGAAGCUGGAUGGCCUCCUAGCCAAGAGAAAACAGCAGCUAGAUGCUGUCAUCGAGUUUGGAAUCGACGACAACUUGCUCGUCAAGAGGAUCACAGGACGUCUGAUUCACAUGCCAAGUGGAAGGUCCUAUCACGAGGAGUUCGCACCCCCCAAGGUCCCCAUGAAGGACGAUGUCACUGGUGAAGCACUCACCAGGAGGUCUGAUGACAAUGCCACUGCCUUGAAGAAGCGUUUGGCAACUUAUCAUGAUCAGACACUGCCGUUGGUGGAUUACUACGCCAUCCAGGGGGUUCACAACUACGUCAAUGCUGCCAAAUCCAGUGAGCAAGUGUUCAAGGACAUUGAUGCCAUCUUCAUGAAGGCUAUCAAGCAGGACAAGGAGAAGAAGAGCUUCUUCAGCAGAUUUUUUUGAGACUCAAGCAACUCCAGUGUUAUCUUUCAGAAUAUUUUUCUCGGGGUUAGGGAUGAUUUAGAUGUUACAGAGGAUUAUUUAAUUGUAAUGCAGACGUAUGCAAGAUUCCAGUUGUCGUAGGGAGCUAGCUUCAAUUUUAAAGGGCGCAUUCAGGUGGAGGAGGCGCUAUCGAACGUGGAAAACAGUUUUUGGAAACAGAUCUUGGGAAUUUCUUGGAUAAUUCUUAUUCUUAUUAGUUUUUGGCAGUUUUCAAGGGAAUAUCUGAGGAAAAAGUCAACAGAAUUGAAUUUUUAUAGGUCAUUUAUUAUGUUGAAAUCUUUUUUGUGGAUCGACCAAUUUAUUCUCUGCGAGGAAGUUCAGCAACAUUUGGAAAAAUUGGGCUGAGAAAAUUCUGCGGACUUUUUCUGGAACAUAUUUAAUGGUGAAUCGUCUAGGGAAUUUGAAUUAGGACUUUCCUUGUAUUUUUGCGUUGUCGAUAUGAGAUCACGAUUUUAAGAUUUUUCGGGUCAUAGGAGGGGGUAAAACUCGAUGAUUCGAGAGCAUAUUUUCGAUAGAAAUCUUGGAAAUUAAUUUGUCUUGUGGAAUAAGAAACAACACUCGAGAUUUACAAUUGCAAAACGAGCGACUAAUCGGUUAAUCGAGUUUUAUCUGUAUCUUAUCGAAUAAUAAACUUCAAAUCAUUCAUAAAAUGCUGCCAAUUCUUCGCGCACAGACACAUUUUUUACUUAUUGAUUUGUCCUCAUCGAUUCAGCAGCGAAAUGGUAAAACGAGAUAAGUCGACUCGUCUCUCCUAGUUUAUGAGGAAUAUCUCCGGAUCUAAAAGAGAUAACGAAAUUUUUGUAAUAACAUUUGUUGUAGCGCACGAUUCGCUCUACAAAAAAGGUCAUAACAACAAUUUUAUUAUCUUUAUCACAGUCCGAGAUAUUCGCCAUCGACUGGUCAAUAGUCAAAAGUUACUUAUCUGUGUUUACCACUUCGUUAUUGAACUCGAAGCUUACCUCGUUAAAUGAGUGAAUUGCCUAAUAAAUGUACAUACAAAGUAAGUCUAAUAUUUUUAGAUGAUAUUGAAGCGAACAGAAUGGAAAUACGUUUAUAAAUAUGAUGAGAUAUAUUCUGUUACAUAAUGUAAUGUAUACAAUUGGGAAACGAGGAAAGAUAAUAAAAUUUCUGAUAGACAA